UGCAGGUGCUCUGUCUCUUCGAGGGAGGAUGCGGACGGAUGGACGGGGGAGGGAAGGGAUGAAGGGAAUCGCCGAUAGGAAAGUGCAUAGAAUAUGAAUAAAAGGGCGUCGAUAAGAGCGCGCGCGGUGCAAGGUCGAAUAUGACAGAUUCGUUGAACGGGGCACUUUGCGUUGUAAUAGCUGGUCGGCAAUAGUACUAUGAUUUGGUAUGUGGCCACUUUGAUAGCAAGUGUAUUCAGCACCAGAGGAACGGCCGCUCAAGGUGCCCACGGAGUGAGAGAGGAGCCCCGGUUUUUGACGGCGCGCGCUGGAGAGAGCGUGAUCCUGGGAUGUGACGUGUCCCCUCCCCUGGACGGCCAGCAGCCCCCCUACGUGGUGGAGUGGUUCAAGUUCGGAGUGCCCAUCCCCUUCUUCAUCAGCUUCCGCUUCCACCCUCCUCAUGUCGACCCAGAGUACACCGGUAGAGCCAGCCUGCAUGGGAAGGCGUCUCUUCAGAUUGACCCAGUGCGCUCAGAGGACCAGGGCUGGUACGAGUGUAGGGUUCUGAUGCUGGAGCAGCAAUACAACACCUUCCACAAUGGCAGCUGGGUGCAGCUCACAGUCAAUGCCCCUCCCACUUUUACGACCACGCCCCCACAGUAUGUGGAGGCCAAGGAGGGGGGCAGCACACUGCUGACUUGCUCCGCCCAGGGAAACCCCAAACCAAUGAUCAGCUGGCUGAGGGAGGGGGAGGAGCUUGCAACCAGUGGAAAAUACACGGUGCAUGAUGGGAGUCUGACGGUGCUGGGGAUCACUCGGGACGACAGAGGGGCGUAUACGUGUCGAGCCUUCAGCGACCAGGGAGAGGUACUCCACACCACCCGUCUGCUGGUCCAAGGGCCACCGUAUAUUAAGUCACCACCAGAGAACAUCACUGUCAACAUAUCCCAGAAUGCACGCUUCACCUGUCAAGCAGAGGCGUAUCCUGGAAACCUGACCUACACCUGGUUUUGGGAGGAAGAUAACGUCUACUUCACUAAGAAUGACCUGAAAAACCGAGUCCGCAUCCUCAUUGACGGAACCCUCCACAUCUUCCGGGUGAAACCAGAGGAUGCUGGGAAAUACACCUGCAGCCCAAGCAACAGCCUUGGAACUCCACCGUCAGCAUCAGCACACCUCUCUGUUCAGUACCCUGCCCGUGUGCUCAACAUGCCCUCCAUCAUAUACGUUCCACGGAAACUUCCAGGGGUCAUCCGCUGCCCGGCGGACGCCAACCCGCCGGUGAUAUCAGUGAAGUGGGAGAAAGAUGGCUACCCUCUCAGAGUGGAGAAGUACCCCGGAUGGAGCCAGGCACCGGAUGGGAGUAUCCGGGUGGCGGAGGCCACAGAAGACUCCCUUGGCACCUACACCUGUAUGCCUUACAACACCCUGGGUACAAUGGGCCAGUCUGACCCGGCCACUCUGGUGCUAAAGGAUCCCCCCUACUUUAACGUGAGGCCUGGUGGGGAGUACCGCCAAGAGGCUGGUAGAGAGCUGGUCAUCCCCUGUGCUGCCUCGGGUGACCCUGAGAUACCAACCAUCACCUGGAGGAAGGUGGGGAAGCCCAGCAAGAGUAAGCACAACAUCCUCCCUAGCGGCAGCUUACAGUUCCUGUCCCUCAGCAAGGAGGAUCAUGGGGAAUGGGAGUGUGUGGCCACCAAUGUGGUCACCAGCAUCACUGCCAGCACGCGCCUCCUCGUCAUAGGCACCAGCCCACAUGCUCCAGGCAACAUUCGUGUGUUGCCCUCGGUGACCUCGGCCAAUGUGUCCUGGGAGCCGGGUUACGACGGAGGCUUUGAGCAGACAUUCUCAGUGUGGUAUGGCCCAGUGUUGAAAAAGGAGAAUUUUGGCCCCCAUGACUGGCACUCCAUGCCAGUGUCGGGGUCUCAGACAUGGUUGGUGGUGCCGGGGCUGGAGCCCAGGACAGAAUACCAGUUCAGCGUCCUGGCACAGAACAAGCUGGGCACAGGCCCUUUCAGCGAGGUCGUGACGGUUAACACCGUAGUGUCUCCCCUGAGUACCCCUGAACCACAGGUGCUUCUUACUCCACCACGGUGCCUCACAGCCAAUCGCACACAGCACGGCGUCCUGCUCACAUGGCUCCCGCCAGCCAAUCACUCAUCGCCUGUCGACCGCUACAUCAUGGAGUUCCGUCUCGGGGAGAGGUGGGAGGUCCUCGAUGAUCUGAUCUCUGCCGCUGAGACUGAGCUGAUGGCCAGGGACCUAGUCCAGGAGUCCUGGUAUGAGUUCAGAGUCAUGGCCGUCAUGGACGACCUCAUCAGUGAGAGCAGUAAUGUGGUGGGAGUGUCAAGCACAGAUCCCUUCCCCCCUACGGAGGUGACUGAAGAGGGGUUGGCGCUGCCCGUGGUAGCGGGCGUUGUGGCAACCAUCUGCUUUCUGGCGGCUGCAGUGCUCUUCAGUACUCUAGCAGCCUGCUUCGUCAACAAACAGCACCAACGCAAACUCAAACGCAAACCAGACCCUCCCCUGUCUGUAACACACUUCAGGAAAAGCAUUGACUCAUCGCCUCCUCUCACCCCCUUGCCCGGGGUAGAGCCCUGUUGGGACGCGCCAGCCAGGAGCAGCUACAUGCCCCCACCAGCCAGGAGCAGCUACAUGCCCCCACCAGCCAGCUCCCUGCUGUCCUCUGGGAAGAUCAGUCCAGAGAGCUCCCCUCCCGCCUCGCGGCCCCAGUCCCUGUCCUCAGAUGGGGCCCACGGCCCGGGCCUGUACGUCAGGAGACUGCCCAGCCCUCAGAGAGACAGGGACAAAGAGCUCUCCUUCUACAAGAAAACCAAGCGUGCUAUAGCCAGCAAGAAGUACAGCGUGUCCAAGCACGAGGCAGAGGUCACCAGCCCCAUCGAACUGAUCAGCCGCGGUCCCGACGGCCGUUUCAGCAUGGCCAGCCCGCCAUCAGCCCACCGCCGCAUCCAGGGCUUCCCGUUCGCUGAGGAGUCCGACAUGUACCCCGAGUUCCGGCAGUCCGACGAGGAGAAUGACUUUGACCCCGGGCCCCUGCCCCCGAUCAUGGCCACGCUCCGACCACAGCUCUCCCCAACAUCCUCCAGCCUGGAGUCCACGCAGCCCCCCAACUACAGCCCCCGCCUCCACAGGCCCAUGGAAGGUAUGAGCUUUGUGGAGGGCAGUGGGCAUCAUGCUGCAGGGCAGGCCCCAGCCUCCCGCUACAGGGACUUUCCCCAGGUCCCCUUCUAUGGGUAUCUAGGCAGCCGCGGUGAAUCGGGGAUUCCGCCACCUUUUUACAUGCCGGACAUCAGUCCGCAUAGCUCUGCUCUGUCCUCCCCCCCAGGCACUGCUGACGGGGGGCCCUACGGUUAUCCCUCCAUCCCAGAGGAGAGGGAAGAGAUGGAGCUCCAUCAUCAGUACACUUCCUCUGGCCAUUCCCUACCACAUACACACAGCCCUCCCCCUCGCUCCCCUCGCUCACCUGACAGCUGGCAGCCUCACGAAUUCCCCUUCCUGGGUCUGGAGGGGCCCCGCUUCAUUUAUCCACCUCAUCAUCCCUUACAUCAUCACCAGGACCUUCCCGACCCUCCACCGUACCCCCCUCUCCACUCUCUCCCCCCCAGCCGCCUGCACCUCCCCAGCCCUCGGCUCCUGCAGUUGGAGGUCCCCAUGGCUCCACAGGGCAGAGACCAACCCCCAGGCCUUCCAGCUAGGCGCUUAGCUAUGCAACAGGCCCAGAGUCUCGGCCAGCUCAGACACACAUCCCAUGGUGUGGGUGUACCAGUGUUGCCUUACCUUGACCCAUCAGCCCGUGCAGGGAGCCCAAGCACAGCCCCUAGCAGCAGCCCCCAGUCCUGGCUCAGCCCGAGGUCAGGGCGUAGGACAGACCCCUCCCUGCCCCCGCUGGUCCUCCAACCCUCCCGCCUCUCCCCCCUCUCCCAGAGCCCCCUUAGCACCCAGCCAGGUUCCCCAGAUAUCCUAGUCCGCCCACCACCCCACCCCAGCAUCCUCCGCACCUCCCGCUCUCUGGAGAUGCCUGAGAUCACCCUGCACCCCCAAGCCACCGUCAGUUUCUCCCGAAGGUCCUCCCUGGCCUCCUCCCCCACCCAGGGCCAGCAGGGAAGCCGCAGGCCCAGCCCCAGUUACCGUCCCCACAUGUCCUAUGCUUCUACAGCAGCCAGUUACCCCUCCCAGUCCCCCUCUCCCCCCUUGGAGGGCAGGGAUGUGUUCGGGCAGUGGCCGUCCCAGAGGAGAUCAGAGGAGGAGAUGCUGCCCUCAGAGCCCUCCCAGCUCCAGAUAUCCGCCUCAGGCUAUCUGGGCAGCGUUGUUGUGAGCCGGUCCCCUACGCCGCAAUAGGGAACCUCUAGGUGCGUCUAGUGAUCCUGCUGGGUCUGAGAGCUUACAGUCACUGCUACACCACUGUAUUACUAAAGCCAAGAGAGUGGCUGCCAACACCAAUAACAACUCCACUUCCAGGAGAAGAACAGGUGUGUCUCCCUCUCAGACCCAGCAGCAAUCCCAGACCCCCUCGGCUCACAGAGAAGAUCUCUACCUCCACAGGAAGAGGAAAAGGCAGAACAGGAAGAACCCAUAUCUCUUUUUAACCUCCUUCCUGCACCGCAGCAGACGCUCUGAGGAGGACCAGGCGGCCAUCCUGGCCAGUACAGACUCAGACGGGCCCAACUACAGGACUCCCCACUGACCACUGACCAGUAUGUCCACUACUGUCACUCACAGACAGAUCAAGCCAUGGGAGGCAACUACAUUGACCCGCCAACCUAGAUCUCUCUAUAACUCCCAUACAGAAAUUAUGAUAAUCAUGUGAUUAAUUCCAUUCAGCUUUUGGCAGUGGGUAACCUGUCUCUAGCGUUUUCCAAAUAAUUUAGAGACAAAAUAAAGAUGUUUCCGUGUCUCCCUGAGGAUAAUGUUGUUAGGGUCACCAGAUAAAACAUCUGUAAUGUAAAUAUAUAAAAUAAUGAAAAAGGGGACAAUAUCUCCUAUUGUAGUAAAAUGCAUUGAUCUAAAUAAUUCACAACACCUCAAAAGUCCCUGGUCAUGGAGGAGUCUAUCUGAGGUGUUACAGUGACACAGUGGACUAAACCUGGUGUGUUCCUUAGACAAGGACCUCAGUCUACCUUUCCUACAAUUCAAAUAGUGUCAGUAUCUAACACAGGGUACUUAUUGCAAAAUAUACCUCAGAGUAAGUGCAGAAUUGCUGUAAUUCUAUUGGACUAUACGUAUUUUACAUUAUUUUUCAAAUGAAAUGUAUGAAAGAAAUGGUAUAUAAUAUCAUUCACUUCACACAUGAAUUGGAUGCUGUGGCCUGAACUCUGAUUUUCAUCCGCUUUUAAUAUCGAGCCCAAUCUGCAUAUUUUGCUUAAUCCUAAAAGAAUAUCAUCCAAUACAAGGCGUGGUAUGAUAUUGGUAUAUUUCAAAUCACUAAAAGACAUGUCCUCACUCUCUUGCAUUUAACCAUGUGGUCAAAUACAGUAAAGGUGAGCCCAUGUUCUUCUUGCUAAGACAUACAGUAACUUUGUGUUCAAGAGGCCAAAUGUACACUUGAUAGGGUGAGGACAGAAGAGGGGUGAGAAAAUGUGAUAAAUGUGUAUACGGUGUUUUUCAUUAAUAUGGAGGAAACCUCCAGUCUAUUGUGGAGUAUGGCACAUCUCUAGGUGCCUUGUUCGCCUUUUCUCUCUUGUUUUUGAAAAGUGAAUUAACUGCCUUUUCCUUCACCUUCACGCAUUCUCUCUCUCUGUUGGGACUCAUUAUAAGCUCCAGUCUGACCUGUGGACUGACUCUACUUUUUCUGCCAAGGACACCUAGCUGUGAGUAAGGGGCACUGAAGGUGUAUUACUCUGGUUAUUUUUUUAAUCUUGACUGUGUAUAUUCUACUAAUAGAACAGACCUAUAAUAACAAUUAGUGAUGAUGAUGACAGUGUUAAUCAUUUCAGGUUUAAAAUCUUGGUAAUGCUAUAACAUAGUUUUUUUUUUUAUCACAAUUUAAUCAACAUUUAAAUGUAAAUGGUACAGAAGUAGUUAUUAUGCAGAAAGUGAAACUUGCCACUGAUGUUCAUAUUUCAAAACAGCUGUAAUACUGAAUACUAUAUUGAAAGAACUGAUUGCUGUUUAUUAGGUGAUUUUAACAAGUGGGCUUGUUAGAUGACAAGUGACAACAUUUGGCUUACAUUAACUAAACUCAAAAGUUGGGGUGGCUGUCUCGACUCUCAACUGUUUAUCUCUAGCAACGGUAUAAUAUUACCUGCUAGCUAUUUCUCUGUAUGUUUAUUCAUUUUAACACUAACCGAUAAUGAAUGUAUGUUUUGCUGUACAGGAAGUGACUGUCCUGAUGUCAUAGUACAACGGAUGACCUGUCGCAUGUGGUGGAAUUAAGUUUAGGUUUAAUUGGCUCGUUGGCUAGUUGGCACAAUAGUUUGAUUUGAUUUAUCACACAGGGUUAGCUGGUUAACCAAGGAUGGGUUCAACCACUCUUGGUUGAAUUCUUUCCUUUACACUGAUGGUUAAUGUUAUCAUUUUCUUCUCACCCUGUAGACUUGACCUAUUAGAGAGCUUUACACUUACACACUUACAAGAUGAAUCACUGGAAGACAUUGACAUUUUAAACCAGUUGUCUGAUUUGGAGUCACUUUUAUCUCUACUGAUAGCAAUUCAGGAGUGGAACUAGACAUAAGAACUCUCUGAAUGUAUGUUAACUGAACCCCUCUCUGCUUGCUAUAGAAUAUAAAUCAGUGAUCAAAACAAACUUUAUCUGCCCUCUUCACUCACUUUCCAACAUAUUUAUUUUUAAAUUGGUGAGUUAGUGACAAUUUUGAGGAAUGAAGUUAUUUGAAAUUGAUACAUCAACGUGCAUAUUCCAAGAACUGGUUAUAUGUAAGAUACGGGGAAAAUCUAUAUUCAUAAUGUAUACAUGGUGUGUACUGUAUUUGGGAAGAUGAAACAGAAAGAUUUUUUGUUCAAUAUGCUUGAGGACAAAAAUGGAGAGACAGAUUUAAAGCAAGUUAAUAUUAGAUGUGAUGAAAGUAUCUGCUUUAAGGCUUUAAGUGGACAAUAUUUAUAAAACAUCUUAAGGUGCUUCGUUUGUCAUAUUUUCAGAGAUGGAAAAGUAAAUGUUAGCACAGAAGAAAUGUGUUAUUGUCAUGUGGGCCUGUUGGCUGCACAAGUUCACUAGUAUUUCUUCUGUUGUAUAGUAUGUGAAUGAAUACCAAUUUGAAAAGCAUCAACGUUUCGUUGCUGGACUAAACCUUAUCUGAAACAGAAAACUUUUUUUUUUCACAAGCACACAGGUAGAUUCACUCAUGAUCACUUGCCUCCAGAUGUCCAAAGUAACAAAGAAACAAAAGAGAGCCACAAACAAUCUAAUAGUUAUGGGGUACUGUAUGUGCUGCAACCGAAGUCGUGUUUACAUUAGCUAGAGAUGACGUACGUGCUACUAGGACGUAGUUGCUUUCAACAUUAUGACUUGGUGCUAUGUUUAACUCUGUGGUGCUGUAGAUCAGAGGCCUAAUCUCUUGAAGUCCUCUGUGUUUUACCAACUCAACUAGUUCCAUCGCUGUAAGUCCUAUUAAUAAACCUGUGUGAUUGGCAAUGAGCAAAUUGUAUUGAUUGUGGAAUCAGAUUGUGGAAUCAGAUUGUGGAAUCAGAUAGUGGUAAUAUAUAGUGUGGUGACAUUCAAAAAAUACAUCAAAGAGACUUAGAAUAAUGUAGCAAUGGAACAAUAGUUAGUUUCCGUCUCUGUUCCAGCCUCUGUCUGUGCUUCCAGGGUACCCUCUCCAGAGUGUUGUACUUGUGUUGAAGGGGAGAUAUAAUAUCCAGAUUAGAUGGGGAAACCUACUUGGUGUGAAGUUAUUUAUCAGUACUUUUGAUCAGUACUAAAUAUGUAACAGCAGACAGGGGAGGGAAUCUGAGCCCAUGGUCAGGGCAUGAGAAGGUCGUUCUACACUACACACUUCCUACAGGUCAAAACUAUUUUUAAUGGACAGCACUGUUUUCAAGCACACAACUGCAGGGGCAUAACCUUCUUAUGUGAUUUCUCUCCACUGGUUUCACAAAGUCUCCUAUUGGGGGACAGUAUUGUACAGUAUAGCCAAUAAGAGUAUUCAUCAAACAGCGUUUGUAUUUAAGCUGAUUCUUCUCGUAUGUUUUGGUAAAGGUAUUGCUGACACACUCUUCAUAUAGACUUUUACUAAUGUAUGUAGUCUUCCGGGCUCUCUUGCUUUUUCAACAACAAAAAUACAUACAGUAUGUAAGAGGGCUGCUUUGGAGGUACAGAUGUAGGAUCUUAAUUUGAGCCAAUUUGCUACAGCAGGAAAAUAAACCUGCAGCAAAAGAAAAUGUGAAUUAUUAUAGUGAUUAUAAUUAAUGGACGUUUUUGUAGGGUCUGAUAUAUUUUUCUUAAGGGAAAAUCAAGACUGAAAUGUCAAAGUGGAAAUUACAAACUUCAGAAGCCUUUUUAAACCUCAAAUACACUACAAGUGUGAAAUAUCAUGCAUUGCAGGAAAGUCCUCCUGCAACAGGGCGAUCAAAUUAAGAUCCUGUACUCUUAGAUCGACUUUUAUUUUGUGUUUUUCUGCAUAAAGGCUUUUAGUGCAUAAGUAGGAGCUGGUAUGAUUAUACUUAGAGCAAAUUUGAUUUAACUAUAUUUAUCUUGCAUGUAGAGACAAUACAAAAGAGCCUAUUCAGAAAUCAGUCAUAAACUUUCAACCUGGUUGUGAUCAGACAGAAAAUGGAAUAUGUAGUAUUUUCUAUGUUCUCUGUUUUUCCAUGUGUACCAGCACUGAGGAAAUAGAAUGUAUUAUUACUGUACAAUAAGUGCUACAUCUUUGACUGUUUUAACUAAUGCUCCUCAUCCUCAAGCCAGUAGUGCUUAAAGGAAGAAUAUGUAGUCAUGUCAUAGCAUAUUUUCAUCUAUUGAGGCAUGUGCGUGUGCUGUACAUCACGUUUACAUUCUAUAUUUUAUGUUGACAUCUUCUGUGCAUAAUCUGUUUCAAUAUGCCUUUUUCAACUGAAACAAUUGAUCUAUAUCAGACUGUUCAUAUGUAAAUAUUCCAAAGCAAAAACAUGAAACAUAUUUAACUUUUUGUCUAUUUUACAAUGAUAACCUGCGGAUCAUUUGGAGCUUCAUCAUUCAGUUAUGUUUGAUUGACAUCAGGAAUUAUUUUACACUUAACUUUUAUGUGAGCAAUUAACUCAUCUACUGUAUGGUGCUGUACCAAAGCCUUAUGUAAAAUACUAGUCUGUGUUGAUUUUCUCUUUUGCCACUGUUGUCCAGGGAAUUCAAUAUUGUCUGGGAUCACAUGUUGCUCACUUCAUGUUCAACUGCCAUGGAACUUCUUCUUCAAACGAAACCCUGAAGAAAAAGCAUAAACGCACUGGCUUAAUACCACCAGUGGCUUCUAGAGAAUAGGUGACAAAGGCUUAUGACCUGUGGCAUAGGCUCAAGACAAAUUGGCAUACGUUUAUUAAAAAAGGCAUUGGCAGAUUUGUUGUAUCAUUGGCUCAUGAGCGGUUUGUGACAUAGACAUACAGCAUGUUCUAUGAUGAUCCAUGGCAUGCCAAUAAUAAGUGGAAAGCAGCGUUGCGUUCAUGUCCAUCAUGUGUCAAUUUCCAACGCUUAGUCCAAUGUAAUAUUUUCCUCUUCAAUUUUUGUAUUUUGAUAUAAUAAAAAUCUAAAACGUG